CAGUGGACAUUUCCCUCAGAAGAGGGCAGACGGUGUGCAGGCGUGGGACGCAGAAACCCUGCUACAAAAUCGUUUAUUUCCACGAUGCCUCCCGCAGGACCAGCUACGAGGAGGCUCACCUGGCCUGCAGGGCUGACGGGGGACACCUGGUGAGCAUCGAGAGCCCCGCGGAGCAGAGAUUGAUCGAAUCCUUGAUCAGGAGCCUCCUGGCCUCGGAUGGAGACUUCUGGAUCGGGCUCAGGAGGAGGAAGGAGGAGGGGGACAACAGCACUGAGUGUCACCGCUUCUACUCCUGGUCAGACGGGAGCUCGUCCAAAUUCCGGAACUGGUACGUGGACGAGCCAUCGUGUGGGGGCGAGGUGUGCGUGGUGCUCUACCACCAACCCUCUGCCCCUCCUGGCCUGGGGGGUCCCUACAUGUUCCAGUGGAACGACGACAGGUGCACCAUGAAGAACAACUUCAUCUGCAAAUACGCCCUGGAGAAGCCAACAAGAGCUCCAAUAGACAAUUCCCGAAGAGCUGUGGCAACAGAGCCCUGGAAGCCAAAAUUCCCAGAGGAACGCUGGAGGAAAGGUGCCAAUGGAACAGCUGGGAGAGCCAAAGAACCCAUUCAGGGCCUUGCCUUCAUCCUGAUUUCCAGCGUUCCUGUGCUGCUUCUCCUGCUGGCCAUCACAGGCAUCUCCUGCUUUUGGCUCUUCAUGAAGAGGAGACAGGAGCUGCUGGAUGUGGCCCUCAGCAGAUCCUGCUCUGAGAUUUUCCAGGAGAGCAGCCUGGAAAUAAGGAAUGUAGUUUUAGUUGCUACACCUAGAGGCUUUGUGGUGGAGACGAAAACUUCAAUCUUCGUUUUCAUUGUCGUUUUAGAAAGCCUGUUUGUUUAG